AUGUUUGAUAAUCCUAUACUUGAUCACGAACGAAUAUACAUUCAAGAUGACCUAUCAUACAAUUUUGUGAAUCCUGAAAAGAGCAAAAAAAUAGACGAUGCGUUGGGUGGUCACUUUUGGUCUAUCAUUAGCAAGAUGCUUCAGAAGAUUACAUCAUUUGUACUAUCUUACUUGAAAAAACCUCCAUAUAUCGAAUCACCCAAGCAAGAAGAGAUUGCAGAUGAACCUGUUGCUAGUAAAGACUCCGAUAUUGAAAUAUUAGAAGAGGUAACCGUACCACACAAGUAUCCCAUCACUAAUGACUAUCAUCUUAUCUACAAUCGUCGAGAACAAUCCUGUCAAAACAGUAUAUUGGAGGAAAGCCUUCGAGAAUACGUGGAAAAUAGCACCACAACAUCACAUGACACUACUGGUCAGAUACUACGAGACCUGGCAUUGAAGAACUCGAGACCUAAUAGACUAGGAAACACUCAACAGAAUGGCCAAAAUUUUAGCAUGAACUUAUCAACUACAUCCCCAUUACACUCCACCCCAACCAAAAGAGCCAAUGAUCAACCGAAACCAUCAAUUAUACAGCAAGCCACGUCUACGGUUACUCCUAAUCAUGAUCACUUCUUUGAUAUCAAACCCAAAACCAAUUACCAACAAUCAAUCUUGAACUUUUACACUCCACCUAAACCAAUUUCAAUCACUUCAUAUUCAAUAAUUGAUGAUUUGAUUACCAAUUUUAAAAUCGAUCGUAUUUCUGAGACCUACAAGAAAGCUCAAUUCAAAACUCAAGAAUUAAUAACAGCAAAAAGGCUAGCUGCUAAAGCUAAAAUUAAACCAUUAGAUGAUUCUCAAUUAGCGAAGGUAAAUCAAGCAUGGCAAUCCAAUCCUCGAACAGUGUGCACUACUGAAUACAGCAUUGAUAUAACUUACGCUGACUUACAAACUUUAAAAGACGGACAUUGGCUAAAUGAUAAUGUAAUUGAUUUUUAUCACAAUUUAAUCAUGAAACAGAAUCCGAAAAUUUUUAUUUGGACAACUCAUUUCUAUUCAAAUCUAGCAUCAAGAGGAUAUAGUGGGGUGGCAAGAUGGGCCAAACGGAAAAAAAUUAAUUUAUUCACCAAGGAUAAAGUUAUCGUUCCUGUGAAUAUCAGCAAUACGCAUUGGGCAUUGGCAUUAAUAGAUAACUUGCAAAAAACAAUAACUUACUAUGAUUCGUUGGAUUUUAAUCAAUCGGGUAAUCCUGAAGCAGUUGAAAAUUUACAAAUGUAUAUGGAUAAUGAAGCUCAACGAUUAGGACACAAUGCCAUCAAGUACAAGUUAAUUCCGUACAUUGAUGCACCACAACAAAAGAAUGGAUCUGAUUGUGGGGUAUUUACUUGUACUGCUGCUCGGUAUUUGGCUCAAGAUCAUCUGUUUAAUUAUUCUCAAAACGAUAUGAAGGUGAUUAGACGACGCAUGGUUUACGAAAUUAUGAAUAACCAAUUACUAAGAUAG